UUUAUUUGGUGGCGUGGUGGAGGAAGCGAUUUGCCGAGGACAAGAAAAUGCCGCGAGGUAGAUUUCUUACCGGGGCCCACGGACAACUGCUAUGUUUCUUCUCUACUUCCGUACAGCUGGCCCCUCAUCAAGUUCCGGAAAGCAUGAUGUGUCUUUGGGGUCCCUUCGUAGCUUUUGUGUUGUUUGUGGUAGAGUGAUGCGAUCCUCGAUCGUAUGAUCCUCGAUCGAUAUUAUUUUUAUCUUCUCUGGGUUUGCACUCUCGUUUGUGUUUUCGGUGCUUGCUGCUGCCAAUCUUUUGAGGCUAUUGAAGACUGCGAAUCCAAGAGGUCUACCAAACAAGAUGUGUGAUACCGAACCAAAGAUGCUUCAAACCGAAGUCGGUCUCAUCCCGCUCCACAGUCAACUCGGCCUAAGCGCUAGCACCAAAGCGGCCUUGGGACCUCCAUGGAUCCGCCAACACCAUACAGAUGAAGCUCCUGGUGGCUGGGGAAGAGCCAUUGUCCGUGAAGUCCGUCGUACCAUUGGUACUUGGUGGUGCAAGGAGUUCUCCAAUUUCAACCAAAAGACAAUUGCUGUCUCCUUUUUCAUCUUUUUUGCUGCCGUGGCUCCAGCCAUUACCUUUGGUGCCGUCUAUGCCAAGUCCACCAACAACUACAUUGGUGCUGUCGAGAUGUUGACCGCAACAGCAUGGUGUGGUGUGUUCUACGCCGUUGUCGGAGGUCAGCCAAUGAUGAUCAAUGGAGGAACUGGACCCGUCCUUGCCUUUACUACUGUCUUGUACAACAUGGCCCAGAGCAUGGAGAUUUCCUUCCUCACCUUCAAUGCCUGGGUCGGUCUUUGGGUUGCCUUUUACCUCUUGGUUGCCGCCUUUGUUGACCUGAACAAGUUCAUGAAGCAUGCCACAAGAUUCACUGAUGAGAUCUUUGCCAUGCUGAUUGCUGCUAUCUUCAUCCUGGACGCCAUUGGCAACCCCCUCAGUCCUGUCGGUCUCUUCUGGUACUUUCAGAGGGAUCACAAGUCACACGAUCAGUUUGAAGAAGAAGAGGACUACAGUCACUACGCCACUGCUUUCUUGAGUCUCAUCUUGGGUCUUGGAACCACCUGGUUGGCAUUUGCCCUUCGAGGACUCAAGUUCAGCCGCUACCUGCCCAACCAAAGCUUCCGUAACGUCAUUGCCAACUUUGCCGUCGUUAUCUCCAUUGGAUGGUGGACGAUCGUCGACAACCUGAUCUUCCCCGCCGUCGAGACGGAAGAGCUCAACGUUCCUGAUAGCUUUGCUCCUACAUUCCAGUGCUGCGAUUCCACAUGCAUGUCUUCCUGGCCCGAAGACUGCUCCAAUCAACUCGAACCAUGGGGCCGUCGUCCAUGGUUCAUUGAUCUUGGUGAUCUUUCUGGCAAAUCUUGGGUUCCGUUCAUGGCGGCUGGACCAGCCAUCCUUGCCUUCAUCUUGGUAUUCCUUGAUGAUGGUAUCACUUGGCACUUGAUCAAUCACCCCACCAACAAACUCUCGCACGGAGAAGCCUACAACUACGAUACUGUCAUCAUUGCCCUUAUGAUUGCCGUCAACUCCUUGCUCGGAUUGCCCUGGUUGGUGGCCGCCACUGUCCGAUCCAUCACCCACGUCAAUGCCUUGACCGAACGCGAUUCCCGUGGAAACAUCCUCAGUGUCCAAGAGACUCGCCUCACGCACUUCUUAAUUCAUGCCUUGGUCGGUGUCUCCAUCCUCUUCUUGAGUGCCCUUCGAUACAUCCCCGUCCCUGUCCUAUACGGAGUCUUUCUGUUCAUGGGUCUGGCAUCGCUCCCUACCAACCAAUUCUGGUGCCGAUUCACAUACUGGUUCAUGGACACUGAAAAGUACCCCAACACACCCGCCACCAAAUGGAUGGACCGCAUGCAAAUGCACAAGUACACAGCAAUUCAAGUUGUCCUCUUUGCCUUGCUCAUGACAUUCCGAAGUAUCAAGGUUGUGGCCAUUGCCUUCCCCAUUGUCGUCAAGGCGUGCAUCCCCCUCCGCAUGUACGUGCUCCCCUAUCUGUUCAAAGAAGAAGAGCUGUGCUUGUUGGAUGCCGAAGAUGAUGACAUUGAUCGCCUCGUGACUUACUACGAGGACAAUGAGCGCACAAAGGCCAUGGAAAUUGUGGAUGUUGAAGACAGCAACGGAGAGGCUUCGGCAGAAGACGUGACGCCUGCCAAGGUUGGCUUUGGAGAUUCGGAUGAGGAGGAGCUUUCGGAUCAAGCAUAAAGCAAUGAACGGCUCCUCACUUCAACUUCCUCCAACUUGAAGCGAUGCACAUCAACAACGCUCGCCGCUUCUUUUUUGUCCUUACAAGAGCCAGACAUUCUGGUUGUCCAAAGCGCCCUCUACGCACAUACACUCGCAAAUCUCCAUUGCUCACAUGUUAAUACUAAUAAUAAUAAAUUGCAUAUCAAGAUCCAGCCACUGUCGUAGUUAAGAGUUGGACGGGGUCCCCCAGUCUGGUCGCCAGCGACGGGCAAGAGCGCUUCACGUCAACCAUGCUCGCCGAUCUGAAUAAAGUCGGCUUUCUGGUGAGGGGAGCUCACUUGAAGGCCAAGUCUAGCAAAGAACAACCAACUUGUUUUUUUGCUCCAGGAUGUCCGUAACCUAGUAGGUGACUGCCUGUCCAUUCGACUCCGCUGCCGGUAGAGAAGCUCUGAUUCCGCCAGGAGAAAAAGAUGAUUCGACACGCUAAUAGAACUACCAACUUGUCAUUCCACCCGAACCGAAGUGGAUAGAGCAGACGAGAGCGAGAGAGCCCUGUCGGUAGCUACCUGGUGUGGUUCGGUCUUGUGCAUCUCCAGUAGUUCGUCAAUUCUAUAGAGGGACACGGCUCCACGAGCAGGGUGCGUUCCACUCAAAACUCUGAAUGAGUUAUUACCGGCACCAUCCUGGACUUGAGGCCGUCGAGUCGAGUCAUUGCUCUAGUUGUUGCCUUUGCUAGUUGGCCACCGAUGUGUGAACGAGAACAGCAGCAGCAUUUGUAGAAAUUUCAACAGUUGUCUGCAAGGAUAUGGACAGAAAGCUACAAGAAGCUGCUGUAUGGCUGCUUAUUUGCAGCGGCAGCUCUCACGUUGAAAGAAUUGGAGGCUUCACCUCAACGAUAAUGAUUAACCAAAGACUUCCUGUUUGUUGCACUGACUAUGCCGAUUGGAAUGCGCACAACGAGAAUGUAGGGAACGGUCGCUCCUCUCAGGCACUGUACGGUAGCCACUAUUGAUAUACUGUAGCUGGAUGAACUUCGGAUUGCAGCGUUCCUCUUCUUUUCAGGUUCUCAAGAUGGUCAUUGGCAAUCGGAGACCAACUGCUACCGGUACAUGCAUACAAUCAGCACCAAGCUAACCCAUUUCAACUGUUCCCCCAGUCUUCCCCAAUCUCAGGAGAACUGAACCAGGAGCUUUCUUGGCCUAUUCACAGAUUGUUCGCAAAUCCAACUUGUUUUUAGUGUUUUUGGAUGUGUUGCUCGAAUGCAAAUCCCAUGACGGUACCGUACCGUUACAUGUUGGUUCUGUGAUACUUAUACUAGUAUGGUGCACUUCCGGUUAUUGUCGUAACUCAAAAAGUGAGAGAAACCAAGUUUGUCGAAAUCGGAACUCUUUGAACUCCAGGGGUCACGAUAGCUGUACUGUUAAUGGCAGUUCUCUAACUAGCAUCGAAAGUUGACAUUUCAUGGUUUGGUCAUUUGACAGACGAACGUUAAGACUUACUCCAGAGUAGUUCUCAAAACUGUUAAUUAUGUCUCCAUGCAGCCAAGGGAACACAAAAGAGAAGCUCGUCAUCGUCAAGGAGUAAGAAAUAAAUGCCGCAAAAUUACUGCGGCGAUGCGAAGCCCAACCCGACACCUCU